CUCUGGCUCGCGGCAGUAAACAUGGCGAUCGGCUAGCGGAGCCUCUGUGAUCAUUCAGUCCUGAAAGCUUUGGUUUUCUCUCCCCGGGCUCAAAUAGCCACCUCCGCUCUACCCUCGCUCCUCCGGGGGGGUGUCGUGCGGGGCCGCGGGCUCUUCUGGGUUUUCUGUGAAUAAAAGGGUGAAGGAGAAGCACCGCGAAAAUGGGGCGACGUUCAACCUCCUCCACCAAGAGUGGGAAGUUUAUGAAUCCCACCGACCAGGCCAGAAAGGAGGCCAGGAAACGGGAGUUGAAAAAGAACAAGAAGCAGAGAAUGAUGGUGAGAGCUGCGGUGCUGAAGAUGAAGGACCCCAGACAGAUCAUCAAGGAUAUGGAGAAGCUGGAUGAGAUGGAAUUCAACCCGGUUCAGCAGCCGCUGCUCAAUGAGAAGGUGUUGAGGGACAAGAGGAAGAAGCUCCGUGAGACGUUCGAACGCAUCGUCCGUCUGUACGACAGAGAGAAUCCCGAAACCUACGAUGAGCUGCGCAAGCUGGAGUUGGACUAUGAGACCAAACGUGGGCAGCUGGCUCUCUACUUUGAUUCAGUCAAGAACGCAGAGUCAGUGGAGGUCGACAGCAUCCCUUUACCAGAUAUGCCUCAUGCCCCCUCCAAUAUCCACAUCCAGGACAUCCCACUACCAGGGGCUCAGCCUCCUUCCAUACUGAAGAAGGGCUCCACUUUCGGUAAAGGUCCUCUCUCGUCAUCGACGGGACCAGUGCCGGCAACAGUGCCUGGUGUCCCACGAUUACCUCCAGGAAAGAAGCCCCCUGGCCCCCCACCUGGGCCUCCCCCGCAGGUCCUGGCACUGUACGGCAUCCCAUCUCGACGGCCGUACGGCACAGAUACGGAACCUUCCAUUCCUGGUUUAGAAAAGGAGCUGAUGGACUUGGGAAGAGAUCGGGAUAGUGGCAGUGACAGCGACAGAGAUCGGGAGGAUGGGGACGAUGACGACAGUGACUCUGAAGAGGACAGUGAAGACGAGAGAAUCGAAGCCGGUGAUGGGGACCAGAGGAUGAGUGUGGACAGGCAGGAUGAUGAGAGAGAACGGGACGAGGAUCGAGACAGAAAUGAAAGGCAUCCCAGUCGCAGUGUACGUUUCGCAGAAAUGCCCCCAGAGUUGGCCCGUGACGGAAAGAAGAAGAAAAAGCGUCUGGUGAAGAAGACCAAAGCCAUCACCCCCCUGCAGGCCAUGAUGUUAAGGAUGGCAGGUCAGUCAGUACCUGAAGAUGAGGAAGAAGAGGAGGUAGAGGAGGAAUACACAGACGAAUCAGACAGCUCAGACAUUGAGGACAGGGGACCGCCAGGGGACAACCAGUCCCACCUCAUGGCCAAUCAGCGUAUGCCCCCUCCUGCUGGGCCAGUGGGACAGCAAGGGCCCCCACACUUGCAAGGUCCACCAAUGACUGGGCCGCCACCACUGGGUCCCCCACCAGCUCCUCCGAUGAGGCCUCCUGGUCCGCCCUCCGGCCCCCCUCCCGGCCCACCACCAGGUGCACCUCCCUUCUUGAGGCCUCCUGGUAUGCCUGGAGGCUUGAGGGGUCCAAUGCCUCGUCUUCUACCUCCUGGACCUCCACCAGGCCGACCUCCUGGACCUCCACCCGGCCCCCCUCCUGGCCUGCCGCCAGGCCCCCCACCACGUGGACCCCCUCCCAGACUACCACCCCCAGCACCACCAGGCAUCCCACCUCCUCCCCCAAGAGCAGGAGGGCCCCCACGUCCACUCGCCCCCCCACUCUCCCUCUACCCUCCACUUCUCAACUCCAAUGUGCUCAGUGCUCCUCCCAACAUUGUUCCACGGCAAAAAGGCUCAGGACCCGGCCCGGACGGUACACAGAGCAACAUGCCACCCCCUGCCAUGCCCAUGCGGCCGGGUGUCAUGCAGAUGCCCCCUCCCCCGGGGACUGCUGCCGCUGCCGCAGGCGGAAACCCUGGCAACAACCCCCCCGGCCACCAUCACACAGCCACCAUCGAAAAACGAGCCAGCAUCACCUCUGUUGCAGCCGCAGGAGGCAACAUGGCAGCGGGCGCCGGCUCCGGGGGGGCCACCAUCUCUGCCAAACCCCAGAUUAUCAAUCCGAAAACGGAGGUCACCCGCUUUGUGCCCACGGCGCUGAGGGUGCGUAGAGACAAGGGUGGAGCGAUGCCAGGGGCUGCACCUGGGCCUAUGGAGAGAGGAGGGGGUGGUGCUGGAGGACGGAGGGGAGACGACGGCAUGGGAAUGGCCCGGGGGGAGAAACAGCAGGCAACAGCUGCUGCAAUGGGCUACGUCCACCCGUCCCAGAUGGGUGCGGUGUCUCACCCCAACAUGAAGACGAAGGACCAGGUGUAUGAAGCCUUCAUGAGGGAGAUGGAGGGACUCCUCUGAGACUUGAGAGGGUGUCAGGGGACAUAUUCUGUGGGGCUGUUUGAACAACAGGAGUGUGUUAGUUUUAUGUAUUUUCUGUGCAGAGUAAUAGAGGUAGCUGUCCUCAAGGAAUUCCACGAGAUCAGUUCCACUGGUCCCAGCAGGCUCACCUUCAUUUGAUCUGGUCUAUUAUUUGUCGUAUCUAGAGAGAAUGUGAACUUGAUUUGAAUAGUUGGAAAAACAUUUCGAAUUUGUUGCUCUUCCAUUAGAAAACCUAUAAAACACACUUUGCCCUGCACUGAGUAAAUACCAGACCACCAAGUGCUAUGUUGUUUUUUUUCUCCAGCAAAUUGUGUCAUUUGGCAUAACUAGAAAAAGGCGUUUUGUAUGAUUGUUUUACUGUCAACUUCUUUUUUUUUAUCAGUGAUCUCUUUGACAUGUUGAACAUUAAAACAGAGGCAUGGAAUGUUUGAAACUGUUUGACCUGCAGCUAAAUAAAUUCUUCAGAAACUGUUUUUA